AUGAUGGACCGUCAGCGAGUUGGGAGCAUAAGCUCUCUGGACCCUCCUGGACCUCUACCAUCUACGAAGGUUGGUUCUUAUGGAUCCACAUCACGAAAGAAUGGAAAGUACGACUCGGGUAUGGGGGCCUUAGUGAGCUGUCUCGAGUUUGAACUUCCCAGCAGUCGCGCCGGGUGCGUUCUUUACUGUAAAAGAGCGGCAUUCCCUUUCUGA